ACGAGCGGCGUAUAAACAGCAGAGCUACUGCUUGCCUGCAUCCAGUUUCGCAAAGCUUUGCCCGCCGCCGCUGCCGAGGCGGCUAUCCGGUAUCCAGUUCCCACCCGUCGUCCAGGUUGAGCGCCAGCUCGCGCCUGCCGUUUCUCGGCUGCGCGGGCUACUAGAUCGAUCAUCGAGCUACCUCGUAUCCAGCUUCUCCGGCCGUUACCACGACUCCUCGAGGCGAUCGACGACCGUAUAAAGCCCGGCCCCCGUCCUCCGGCGAAGAUGCCUUCCGGUUCGGAACCCCUGCUCGCCCGCGCCGACGGCAUGCUACCGGAUGCGGCUGUUGACCACCGCGGCCUCCCCGCCGAGCGCGGCACCACCGGCGGCUGGAGGUCGGCGCUCUUCAUCAUAGCGGUGGAGAUCGCGGAGCGGUUCGCGUUCUAUGGCGUGUCGGCGAACCUGAUUAGCUACCUGACGGGCCCGCUCGGGGAGGGCACGGCGGCGGCGGCGGCGGCCAUCAACGCGUGGAACGGGGUGGCGCAGCUGCUGCCGCUGCUGGGUGGGGCCCUCGCGGACAAGUGGCUCGGCCGCUACCGCACCAUCGUCAUCGCGUCGCUGCUCUACGUCCUCGGUCUCGGCAUGCUAGCCCUCUCGACCCUUCUCUCCUCCGGCGGGCACCACCAAUGCGCCAGCGCCACCGCCGGCGGCCAGGCCUGCGCGCCGUCGACCCUCCAGGUGUCCUUCUUCUACGUCUCCCUCUACAUUGUGGCCCUGGCGCAGGGAGGCCACAAGCCGUGCGUGCAGGCGUUCGGCGCCGACCAGUUCGACCAGAGCGACCCCAAGGAGUCCGUCUCCCGGAGCUCCUUCUUCAACUGGUGGUACUUCGGCAUGUGUGCCGGCACCGCCGUCACGCUCGUGUUCCUCAGCUACGUCCAGGACAACAUCGGGUGGGGGCUCGGCUUCGGCAUCCCCUGCGCCGUCAUGGCCGCCGCGCUCGCCGUGUUCCUGCUCGGCACGCGGACCUACCGCUACUACGUCACCAGCGGCAAGGGAAGCCUGUUUGCUCGCGCCGCCGAGGCUUUCGCUGAGUGGCGGAGCAGGCGGAUCAAGGCAGGCCUCCUGCAUCAGGCUGCGCAAGAACACAAUCCAGCUUCAGCAGAGGCGCCGGGAUUCCGUGUCGACGAGGAGGAGCAGGCUGUGGCGAGCACUGCGGGCUUCGUCAAGGAGGCCAAGGCCGUCCUCCGCCUAUUCCCGAUAUGGGCGACGUGCCUUAUCUACGCGGUGGCGUUCUCGCAGUCCUCGACCUUCUUCACGAAGCAGGCGGCGACCCUGGACCGGCGCAUCGGUGACCGGUUCAAGGUGCCGCCGGCCGCGCUGCAGAGCUUCAUCAGCAUUACAAUCGUGGUCUUCAUCCCGAUCUACGACCGCGUCGUCGUGCCCGUGUCGCGCCAGUACUCCGGCAAGCCGUCGGGCAUCACCAUGCUGCAGCGCAUCGGCGCGGGCAUGUUCCUCUCGCUCCUGUCCAUGGUAAUCGCGGCGCUCGUCGAGACGCGCCGGCUCCGCGUGGCGCGGGACGCCGGCGUCGUCGACGAGCCCAAGAUCCCCGUGCCGAUGAGCCUGUGGUGGAUGGUGCCGCAGUACGUGCUGUUCGGCGCCGCGGACGUGUUCACCAUGGUCGGGCUGCAGGAGUUCUUCUACGACCAGGUGCCCGACAAGCUGCGCUCCCUCGGGCUCGCGCUCUACCUCAGCAUCUUCGGCGUCGGCAGCUUCAUCAGCAGCGCGCUCGUGUCGGUCAUCGACAAGGUGACGGCGGCGAGGGGCCGGAGCUGGUUCUCCAACAACCUGAACCGCGGCCACGUCGACUACUUCUACUGGCUGCUCGCCGCGCUCAGCGCACUCGAGCUCCUCGCCUACGUCUUCUUCGCCGUGGUCUACAAGUACAAGAACAAAGGAGCCGUACAUGCGGCUGUUGCUGGUUAGUAGCUAGAGUUGUGGAUUGGUGAUACAUAGUAGGCGGCAUGAUACCGAAGGGUGUAAAUGGCAUUUUCCCUCCAUCAUGAUUCGUGAUGGAAACCCAUCUUCGACGUUGGUUCCUAUUUGUAUCAGCCGGGUGGGCUAGUCUCUCAUUCUUAAACCAGAUUCAAAUAGUAAUCGGCAAAUUGGCCGUUCAAUUGGUCCGUGGAAUAUAUAGGCAGUUCAUUGGAGUCGAUUGAGGUUGUUGGAGUCGAUUAAGGGCGUGUUUGGUUGGUUGUAUCAUUUGAUUCAUGUAUGAAAUGAUUCAAAAUAA